UCCUGGGCCAGUGGCGUAGCCGGACUCUGUCGAGGCCAGCCGGAUAGGGGCGGCGGUCCGGAGCCUGGUCUCGAGCCGAGCGGGGGCCAUGGAGAAAGCGGCCCGAGGCGCUCUGCACGUCGACUAACGCGGGCCGCGUACGGCUGCAGGCGCCAUGGACCGAGCCCCCGCAGACCAGAAUGUCAAGCUGUCAGCUGAGGUGGAGCCGUUUAUCCCCCAGAAGAAGAAUCCUGAUACCUUUAUGAUCCCUAUGGCGCUCCCAAAUGAGAAUGGAAAUGUUUCUGGCGUAGAACCAACUCCAAUUCCCAGUUACCUGAUUACUUGUUAUCCGUUUGUGCAGGAAAACCAGUCCAAUAGACAGUUUCCAUUAUAUAACAACGACAUACGAUGGCAACAGCCCAAUCCAAACCCUGCUGGACCAUACCUUGCCUACCCCAUUAUAUCUGCUCAGCCACCUGUUUCUACAGAGUAUACAUAUUAUCAGCUGAUGCCGGCACCAUGUGCCCAAGUUAUGGGAUUCUAUCAUCCUUUUCCUACGCCUUACUCCAACACCUUUCAGGCUGCAAAUGCUGUAAAUACUAUAACCACAGAAUGCACUGAGCGUCCAAAUCAGCUUGGACAGGUCUUCCCGUUGUCCAGUCAUCGAAGCAGAAACAGUAACAGAGGACCAGUGGUACCAAAACAGCAGCUUUUACAACAGCACAUAAAAAGCAAAAGGCCAUUGGUGAAAAAUGUAGCUACUCAGAAAGAGACAAAUGCAGCAGGUCCUGAUAAUCGAUCAAAAAUUGUGCUUCUGGUAGAUGCUUCACAGCAAACUGAUUUCCCAUCAGACAUCGCUAACAAGUCUCUUUCUGAGAGCUCUGCCACAAUGCUCUGGAAGUCCAAAGGCAGGAGGAGAAGAGCAUCCCACCCUACUGCGGAAUCCUCUAGUGAGCAGGGGGCUAGCGAAGCGGACAUUGACAGUGAUAGUGGCUACUGCAGCCCCAAACACAGCAACAACCAGCCCGCAGCAGGGGCUUUGAGAAAUCCUGAUUCUAGCACCAUGAGUCAUGUGGAAUCAUCUAUAUGUACAGGUGGUGUAAAUUGGUCCAAUGUAACUUGCCAGGCAACUCAGAAAAAACCUUGGAUGGAAAAAAAUCAGACAUUUUCUAGAGGUGGAAGGCAGACUGAACAGAGAAAUAAUUCACAGGUUGGAUUCAGAUGCCGAGGACAUAGCACUUCCUCUGAAAGAAGACAGAAUUUGCAAAAGAGACAAGAUAAUAAGCAGUUAAACCCCAGUCAAUCUCAUAGAGGCAACCCAAAUUCUGAGUCUUUGUAUUUUGAGGAUGAAGAUGGAUUUCGAGAACUAAAUGAGAAUGGAAAUGCUAAGGACGAGAAUAUUCAACAGAAACUCUCUUCAAAAGUAUUGGAUGAUUUACCUGAGAACUCACCAAUCAAUAUAGUUCAGACUCCAAUUCCCAUCACAACUUCAGUUCCUAAACGUGCAAAAAGUCAGAAGAAGAAAGCUUUAGCAGCAGCUCUUGCCACAGCUCAAGAAUAUUCAGAAAUAAGUAUGGAGCAAAAAAAAUUACAGGAAGCUUUAUCAAAGGCAGCUGGAAAAAAGAAUAAAACCCCUGUGCAGCUGGAUUUGGGGGAUAUGUUAGCAGCUCUGGAAAAACAACAACAAGCGAUGAAAGCGCGGCAGAUUACUAAUACGAGACCACUGUCGUGUACAGGUGAUACCGUUAGUCUGAGCAGUUUGCUCUUUGGCUUUGUGGUCACUGCAGCUUCUUUUCACACUAAAGACUCUACUAACAGAAAACCUUUAACUAAAAGUCAGCCCUGUUUGACAUCCUUUAAUUCUUUGGACAUUACUUCCUCUAAAGCAAAAAAAGGAAAAGAAAAGGAAAUUGCAAAACUAAAACGACCCACAGCACUUAAAAAGGUUAUUUUGAAAGAAAGAGAGGAAAAGAAGGGCCGUUUAACUGUCGACCACAAUCUUUUGGGAUCCGAGGAACCAGUAGAAAUGCACUUAGAUUUUAUUGAUGAUUUGCCACAGGAGAUUGUUUCCCAGGAAGAUACUGGACUGAGCAUGCCCAGUGAUACUUCACUCUCUCCAGCAAGUCAGAAUUCUCCGUACUGUAUGACACCUGUGUCACAAGGCUCCCCGGCUAGUUCCGGGAUAGGCAGUCCAAUGGCAUCUUCGACUAUAACCAAAAUUCACAGCAAAAGAUUUAGAGAGUAUUGUAAUCAGGUUCUUUGUAAAGAGAUUGAUGAGUGUGUGACUCUUCUCCUCCAAGAGCUCGUUAGUUUCCAAGAGCGCAUCUACCAAAAGGAUCCUGUCAGAGCAAAAGCGAGGAGACGGCUGGUUAUGGGUCUGAGGGAGGUUACCAAACAUAUGAAGCUAAACAAGAUCAAGUGUGUUAUAAUUUCUCCAAACUGUGAAAAAAUCCAGUCAAAAGGUGGCCUGGAUGAGGCUCUCUAUAAUGUUAUAGCCAUGGCACGGGAACAAGAAAUUCCUUUUGUGUUUGCCCUUGGAAGAAAAGCUCUAGGACGCUGUGUGAACAAGCUGGUUCCUGUUAGUGUAGUGGGAAUCUUCAACUACUUUGGUGCUGAGAGUCUGUUCAAUAAGUUAGUAGCCCUCACUGAGGAAGCCAGGAGAGCCUACAAAGAUAUGGUUGCAGCACUGGAGCAAGAGCAGGCCGAGGAAGCCUCAAAGAACGUGAAGAAGGGGCCGCACCACAUGGGGCACUCUCGGAACCCCUCUGCAGCUAGCGCCAUUUCCUUCUGCAGUGUUAUUUCUGAACCCAUCUCUGAAGUUAAUGAAAAGGAAUAUGAAACGAAUUGGAGAAACAUGGUGGAAACUUCAGAUGGACUGGAAACGUCAGAAAAUGAGCGAGAGAUUUCCUGUAAGCACAGCACAUCUGAAAAACCCAGUAAAGCUCCAUUUGACACAGCUCCUGUAGGGAAGCAGCCAUCUUUAGUGGCCGCAGGCAGUGCUACCUCAGCUACAAACCCUGGGAAAGCAACAGUGAGCGAGAAAGAGGAAGUGAAGCCAGAUGACCUAGAGUGGGCCUCUCAGCAGAGUACAGAGACCGGCUCUUUGGAUGGCAGUUGCCGAGAUCUUUUGAAUUCCUCCAUCACCAGCACCACUAGCACUCUUGUACCUGGUAUGCUUGAAGAAGAGGAUGAUGAAGAGGAGGAGGAGGAAGAAGAUUACACUCAUGAACCCAUAUCUGUAGAAGUACAGCUUAAUAGUAGAAUUGAGUCCUGGGUGUCUGAGACCCAAAGAACGAUGGAAACUCUUCAGCUUGGAAAAACGCUGAAUGGUUCUGAGGAAGACAAUGCAGAGCCAAGUGGGGAAGAGGAAGCAGAGGCUCCAGAGGUUCUGGAGCCAGGGAUGGACAGUGAGACCUGGACUACUGACCACCACGCAAAUCAGGAGCAGCAGAAGCCCAGCAGCUGCAGCUCGCUGAGCACCGAGCACUCCGAUUCUCAUUAUGCACCCCCGGAUCCGUAACUCAGGAAACGUCGGCGCUCUCUCCUGCUGUGUAAGGGUUGCAGCCAUUGUCUUUUAUGCUUCAUCUCAACACUUUUCACUGUCCAGUAUUUAAUAUCCGACAGAAAUAUUUUUGUAGCUGUCUUUUACUUGUUUUGUUAUGAUCUAUGGCUUAGCUUUUAAUUAGCAUCUAAGUGUCUUUCUAAGAACUGUGUGGAAAAUAAAACAAUUAUUUCAGCUUAUUUCGUUAUGGAAUAUAAUGAUUAACAAAGGAGACAACCAGGUCUUAAAGAAAAUGAAUUUAAAAUGCUUGUUUAGAGUCAUUUUGAAAGUUAGAGAUCAAGGUUCUAAGGGUGGAAGCAGUUGCCCAUGUUUGCUUCCAGACUGUGCCUCCUUCGCUCUAGUUUGUCAGAUCAAAAAGUUGUUUGGGCUUCUUCAAAAGAGAACUGGAGGUAGAGUUAGGAAACUAAAAAAAAGCCUGAGAGUAACUAAGUCACAAAGUGUUGUGUGUUAAAAAUUGAUGCAACUUUUAUUUGGUCCACAUGCUUAUUUCAGAAUAAAUCAUGAUCAUUGUAAUCCAUUAAAAUCAGUGAUCAUUGUAAUCCAUUAAAGUUGGAAGGGCUAAAACAGAGCCUCUAAUACUUAGACUGGCAAAGGAGCCACUGUGAUAGAUUAGAGCUGGCCUUCUUUGCGGAAAGUGAUAGAUGUAGUGUUUAGUAGUGAAAAGUCACCCAUGGCAGGACCUUCCAGGUUCUCGCUCAUAUUUACUUCUUACUUACCUCAGGAAUGCUCUUGUACAUAGUCGUAUUUACGUAAAGUUAGGCAGAUUUUGACAGGUGAAUGUCUGUAACUGAUGGCCUGACUACAGCACUUACAUGUAAACUAUCCAGAAACAAAGUCUUAUAUUGGUGUGUUCUCUUGCAUGCUUCUGAUUCAGGACUCUGUGGAUUUGAGAUAUGGAGUUGAUGGGUAUCUAAACUUGUCCUGAGUGAAAAACUGUUUCCCCUUUUUUGAACAUAGAUAUUUUGCCCCUAGCCUUGAACACCUGCUGUGUAACACUGACCAUAGUUACAGAUAGGAGGUCAGAGAAAGGAACUUUACACAACUUAAAGCAUGUAUCCUGAUAAUUAAGGCUUGGAAGAGGAAGUUUUGAAGAGAAGAGAAAGUUGUUCUAAUUGUGCUGAAACUAUUAGAUAAUCGAUUUAAAGUGUGCAGAUAUAUGCAGGUAUUAAGUGUUGAUCACUUUUAUUAUCUCUGCCCUUCUCUAGGAAUGUGUAUACCUGCUUAGGAGAAAUUAAACUUACUGAGCUAAAUGUUUUGUUUGCUAGCCAGUUACCACCUGGUAGUGACCUCUGGAAGUUUAUAUAAUGGUGGGAGAAUUACAAAUUACCCGUUUUUCUGUCUUCCCUCCAACAGCCCCCCUCCCCCCCCCCAGCUGACCAACACAUGCACACACACGCCAGCUUCACACUUAUAAGCUGCCGCCAGCAGGCACAGAACCAAGGAGGGAGGGGUAUUUUCCCUGUGCUGGUUUUAUGGGGCGGGGCCCUGCCUCACAGAGGCAGGAGGGAAGAAUUGAGCAGAUUCUUUAUUGAAUGCAUUGGGACCACUGUGCUAGUUGUGAAUGUUUUAUAAUGCUGGCAUUUUGUUGCAGGAGAGAUCGGAUUCUUGGUUGAUGAUUUAGUAUUUGUGAAUUGUGAAAGUUUAGGAGCGUUGCUGUGUAGAAAAUGUCGGUCUGUCAGCUUUAUUAGUAUGCUAAAAGGGGACAUUUGUACUGUCCUGUCUAAACUGUUCUCCAGUAUAGACUUCUUAGACACAAGAGUAUCCAGUACUUAAAGAACGCAGCAUGUAAGGAAUGAAGCCUCUGAAAUAGUAAUCAUGGAUUUAAAUGUGGCAGAUCUUACUGUCUACACAAUUUGGAAGUGAUAGUUGGCUUAAAGAAAUGAUAGAGGUUUUGAACUACUGACAAUCUUAAAAGUGAAUUUAAAAAUUUUUCAUACUUUUUAAUGAUGUAAAUUUCCUUUGCUUGGUGUCAGUGAUUCAGAUAACUCUUGAUCUUGAGGGUAAUGGCUUUUCAAAGAUUUCUUAUAUUUUAUAUCUCUUCUGAACGAGAACUGUCAUUUUAGAUUUUUGACAUUUGUAUCAAAAGAGAAGUUGAGGAAAUCUUCAUAACACCAAUAACUUUUAAGUUUGCUAUAGACCUCAGAAGUGUUCAGUUACGUAUUCAGUAAAUGCUUUUACACGUGCAGUAUCUUCCGCUAGCAAACCCAAGGGACCACAGCCUUUUUUAUAUGAGACAGGUGACGUCUAAAGGACAACCCAAAAUUUAUUAAAGGAAAUGCUACUGUGUUGAAAGUAUGCUUACAUAAGUAUUAAUAAUGUCUUUAUAAUUUGUUUCCUUUAGGUAAAUUCUGGAAUUUGUGUAUAUUAUAUACAGGAGGAGGUGUGAAAAUUAGGAAAGUGUCUUUUUUGGAUCUAGGGGUGAGUGGCUCUUUGGUGACCGAGAAAGAGAUCUAAUGGUAAGAGUAGGGGUUCAUCAUCACAGGAAAUAAAAACCAUAGUGAUUUGCUUCCUUAGUGUGUAGAGGUUGUUUUGCUGGCAAUAAUUAAUAUUAGAUUUCUAUUUCAAUACAGAAGUAUAUGAAUUACAAUAUGAAUUGCACUCCCAAGACUAGAUUUCUGCUUCAGUAGGUUUGUUUGCUGUGAAGAUUACUUCUCAAAAGACAAAUGUUUAUAUUAGCUUAAAUUUUGGUUUAAAUAUGCUUGUAAAUGAUGUAAUAUAUUUCUUUUGACUAAACAUGGGAAAAAUAAUGUGUGUUAUACAUUGAAAAGUUUUUAAAGGCUUUGACUGGAAGUCAUUUUUGCAGAGAUGGUAUUUUACAUGCUUCCAGUAUUUGGAAAAGAAUUAGUCAAAAGGAAUUCACAUAGUUUAAAUAUUGAGAAAUUAAUAUCCGAAUAAUGUACUUGUCUGAUUUCUUAAUAAGCUGGGGGAGGUGGGGGGGGGGAGUUGUAAUGUGCAAAUGAGUAGUGAACUCUACAUUCAUUUUUCAACUCUUUAACAUAAAACUGUUAAAUCUUAACACGUUACUUUAAUGUAUGUAUAAAGAAGUAUUACUGUUUGUAAAGCUGCUGUUUGCUUUAAACAAACCCUCUUGUCAUUUAAGUAUUUUCUGUAUGUUGUGCCAACAGAUUAGAACAUUAACUUAUCCAUUGAAAAACUUUAUCAUUUUUUGAUUUAAAAAAUUUUCUGUGAAAUAAUUUCUUUACAGACAUCUUCCUCCUUCCUUGCCCCGUCCAACCUUUACACACAUCACAGAAUCAACCAAACUUUGCCUAAUCUGAAAUAUGAAUUCUAAUUAAAGAUAACAAUUUACACUUUGUUGGCACAUCACAUCUUAAAAGUAUUUGUAUUAUUUUAUAAUUUAAUUUCUAAAUAUACCACACAAAUUUAUAAUUUAAUGUCUUAAUUGUAAUGCUCUAAUAAAAAGCUAGCAAAAUUAGUAUGAAUUAUAACAUGAAGGGAUUUUCAGCUUGUUCUUUUGCUGAUGAAGGAUAAUUGUAUCACAUUUUGGGGAUAAUAACAGCUUUUUUGCACUAUGUAAAUACUAGUGGAGAUUCUUCUGUAACUAAUAAAAUGAUUAUUGAAAUGUA